AUGAAUGCUGCUGAGGGUGCCGAAGACGGACCGAAUGAUCCGGACACGGACUCGUUUUUCAAAACAGCUCCUUCUCUCUCAGGGUCUUUGAGGAAUGAUGGCAUUAAGGCGGCUGAUGUUUUGACGAUAUUGCGUGAGAAGGUGGCAUUUGUCUCAGGGGGAAGGGAUAAAAGAGGUGGACCCAUUCUAACUUUCCCCGCCCGCAGUAACCAUGACCGAAUAAAACAGGAAGACCUACGGCGAUUGGUGACCUAUCUCUCAACAGUUCCCAGUGAGGAUGUGAGUAAACGGGGGUUCACUGUGAUCAUUGACAUGCGCGGUUCCAAAUGGGACCUAAUCAAACCCUUGCUGAAGACACUGCAGGAGGCCUUCCCAGCUGAGAUCUGCAUCGCUCUCAUCAUCAAGCCAGACAACUUCUGGCAAAAGCAGAAGACCAACUUUGGCAGUGCCAAAUUCACCUUUGAGACAAGCAUGGUAUCAGUUGAGGGCCUUACCAAGCUGGUGGAUCCGUCCCAGCUUACUGCGGAUCUGGAGGGAUCUCUGGAAUAUGAUCACGUAGAGUGGACGGAGCUUCGUGUCUCCCUGGAGGAGUUCACGGGAAGUGCCCUGCACCUCCUCUCUCAGCUGGAGGAGCUGCAGGAGGCGCUGUCGCGGCAGGAGGUGGCUGCCGACACGGAGGAGGCCAGGAGGCUGCUGGAGGAGCACGCCCGGCUGAGGAAGACGAUAACGAAAGCUCCGGUGGACGAGCUGGACCGAGAAGGCCAGAGGCUGCUCCAGAGGAUCCGAGACGGCGGGGACGGCAGGCUCUCGGGUGGGCCGGACUUCCAGAGCCUGGUGCCCAAGGUGGCUGCGCUCCUGGAUAAACUGCAGGCCACGCGGCAGCAUCUACACCAAGCCUGGCAUGCUCGGAAACAACAGCUGGACCAGUGUUUCCAGCUCCGCCUGUACGAACAGGACGCGGAAAAGAUGUUUGAGUGGAUUGGUCACAAUAAGGAGCUGUUUCUACAGAGUCACACUGAUAUUGGAGUGAGCUAUCAGCAUGCGGCUGACCUCCAGGCCCAGCAUGAUCACUUCGCCAUGAACUCUAUGAACGCGUACGUGAACAUCACUCGAAUCAUGUCGGUGGCCACGCGGCUUUGUGAGGCCGGACACUACGCGGCCCAGCAGAUCCAGCAGGUCUCCGUCCAGCUGGACCAGGACUGGAAGAGCUUGGCCUCAGCUCUGGAGGAACGCAGCGCCAUCUUAGCCAUGUCUUCCGUCUUCCACCAGAAAGCAGAACAGUUUUUGGCAGAUAUGGAAGGCUGGGUGAAGACGUGUAGUGAGGGAGGGUUACCCACGGCGAUGCAGGAGUUAGAGCUGGCCAUCCAUAGCCAUCAGACUCUGUACGAUCAGGUUACCACGGCUUACACUGAGGUCAGCCAGAAAGGGAAGACCCUGCUCGACGUGCUGCAGCGGCCGCAGCCCGCGGGGGAGUCGGCAUCGCUGACGUCUGGGGCAGACUACAGCCAGGCCGUGCGGGGGGUUCUCGAUGUGGUGCAUGAGGUGGUUCACCAGUACCGGCGUUUAGAGGGUCUCCUGCAACACCGUAAACUCCGACUGCACCAGAGACUUCAGCUGUGUGUGUUUCAGCAAGACGUUCAGCAGGUUCUGGAUUGGAUAGAGAAUCAUGGAGAGGCAUUUCUGAGUAAACACACAGGGGUCGGAAAGUCUGUCCACAGAGCACGAGCUCUACAGAAACGCCAUGAUGAUUUUCAAGAGGUCGCCCAGAAUACAUACACUAAUGCGGAUAAGCUGCUGGAGGCGGCGGAGCAGCUGGCUCAGACGGGGGAAUGUGACCCCGAGGAAAUCUAUGCCGCUGCCCAUCACCUAGAGGUCAGAGUUCAGGAGUUUGUGCGUCGGGUGGAGCAGAGAAAGCUACUGCUGGAUAUCUCUGUGUCAUUUCACACACACACCAAAGAGUUAUGGUCUUGGAUGGAGGAAUUGCAGAAGAGCUUGGUAGAGCAUGUGAACGCGGAGUCAGUGGAAUCCGUGCAGGAACUCAUCCGGCAGUUCCAACAGCAGCAGACCUCCACGCUAGACGCCACGCUCAACGUCAUCAAAGAGGGCGAGGAGCUCAUCCAGCAUCUUCGGGACGCGGCACUGGCGAGUAACAGGCUACCUCAUGCUAGUUCAGUGGCUCACAUUGAGAGUGUUUUGCAGCAGUUGGAUGAAGCCCAGGCUCACAUGGAGGAGCUGUUUCAUGAGCGUCGGAUCAAACUGGACAUUUUCCUGCAGCUACGCAUCUUUGAGCAGUAUGCUCUCGAGGUGACAGGUGAGCUGGAUGCUUGGAAGCAGGAUUUGCUGAGACAGGCCUCUGACUUUAACACAGAAGAGCUAACGUUAGCUGAGCAGCGUCUUCACAGACACACAGAACGCAAGCUGGCCAUGAACAACAUGACUUAUGAGGUCAUCCAGCAGGGGCGGGACCUGCACCAGUACAUCAUGGAGGUCCAGGCUUCAGGUAUGGAACUGACGGGAGAGAAGGAUGUAGACUUGGCCUCUCAGGUUCAAGAGCUUCUGGAGUUUCUUCACGAGAAACAGCACGAACUUGAGCUUAGUGCUGAACACACACACAAACGCCUUGAGCAAUGUUUACAGCUACGCCACCUACAGGCAGAGGUUAAACAGGUGCUGGGUUGGAUCCGUAAUGGAGAGUCCAUGCUCACUGCCAGCACAGUUAAUGCAGGUUCACUCUCAGAGGCAGAGCAUCUUCAGCGAGAACAUGAGCAGUUUCAACUUGCUAUUGAGUCUCUACUACAAGCUGAUUCUCUUCAAAGGACCCAUCAGAGCGCUUUGCAGCUCCAGCAGAGGGCGGAGCUGCUGCUGCAGGCGGGGCAUUAUGACCCAGACGCCGUGAGGGCGUGUGCAGAAACUGUGGCCCUGCACUGGCAGACCCUCAUGCUGAAGAUGGAAGACCGCCUCAAACUGGUCAAUGCGUCCGUGGCCUUCUACAAGACAUCUGAACAGGUGUGUAAUGUGUUGGAGAGUCUGGAGCAGGAGUACAGGAGAGAGGAGGACUGGUGUGGGGGGCACGAUAAGCUCGGGGCAGGAUCUGACACGGACCAUGUGGCCCCCCUUAUCAACAAACACCUGGAGCAGAAAGAGGCUUUUCUCAAGGCUUGCACUUUAGCGCGGCGUAACGCAGAGGUUUUCCUCAAAUACAUCCACCGCAACAACGUAAGCAUGCCCGGCGUCGCCAGCCACAACCGAGCCCCCGAGACGCAGGUCAAAGCUAUACUGAGUGAGCUCCUACAGAGGGAAAAUCGUGUUCUACACUUCUGGACUCUGAAAAAGAGACGUUUAGACCAAUGCCAACAGUACGUGCUGUUUGAACGCCACGCAAAGCAGGCCUUAGACUGGCUGCAGGAGGCUGGGGAGCAAUAUCUCUCCACGCAUACAUCGCCGGGGGAAACCACAGAGAAAACUCAGGAACUGCUGAAGGAGUACGGAGAAUUCCGGAUCUCUGCUAAGCAAACCCAGGAGAAGGUGAAGCUGUUGAUCCAGCUGGCCGGUAGUCUGGUGGAGAAGGGUCACGUCCACGUUACGGAGCUGAAGAGGUGGGUGUCCACGGUGGAUCGCCGAUACCGCGACUUUUCCCAGCGCAUGAGCCAGUACCGCUGCAGUCUGGACCGAGCCCUGGGAGUCUGCUCUGAGGACAGUAAAGAUUUGGAGUUAGACAUUAUCCCUGCCAGUCUGACCCACACUGACCCCGAGGUGAACCUGAACGACCCCAACCACGAGACCAACGAGGAGAAGAAAAAAUCGGCCAGGAAGAAAGAGUACAUCAUGGCUGAGCUGCUGCAGACAGAGCGUGCGUACGUCAGGGACCUUCAAGAGUGUUUAGAGACAUUCCUGUGGGAGAUGACCAGCGGGAUGGACGAGAUUCCGCAGGGAAUCGCCAACAAGGAGCAUGUCAUUUUUGGGAACAUCCAGGAGAUUUAUGAAUUCCACAACAAUAUUUUCCUGAAGGAAUUGGAGAACUAUGAACAGUUGCCUGAAGAUGUGGGACACUGCUUUGUUACAUGGGCUGAUAAAUUCCACAUGUACGUCACCUACUGCAAAAACAAACCAGACUCAAGCCAGCUCAUUCAAGGUCAAGCAGGAAGGUUCUUCGACGAGAUCCAGCGUAGACACGGCCUGGCAAACUCAAUCUCAUCCUACCUCAUCAAACCAGUUCAAAGGAUCACAAAAUACCAGCUGCUGCUCAAGGAGUUGCUGACCUGUUGCGAGGAGGGCAAAGGGGAGAUUAAGGAAGGGUUAGAGGUCAUGUUGAGUGUGCCUAAGAGAGCCAAUGACGCUAUGCAUGUUAGCAUGCUGGAAGGUUUUGAUGAGAACCUGGCCGUGCAGGGAGAGCUUAUCUUACAGGACACGUUUCAAGUGUGGGAUCCCAAAUCCCUGAUCCGGAAAGGUCGCGAUCGCCACCUCUUCCUGUUCGAGAUCUCGCUAGUCUUCAGCAAAGAGAUGAAGGACUCAUCUGGACGCACCAAAUAUGUCUACAAAAGCAAACUGCUGACGUCAGAGUUGGGGGUGACGGAACAUAUCGAAGGAGACCCGUGUAAAUUCGCCCUUUGGGCCGGACGCACUCCAACAUCAGACAACAAAACUGUCCUGAAGGCGUCGAGUAUGGAGGUGAAGCAGGAGUGGAUCAGGAACAUUCGGGAGGUGAUCCAGGAGAGGACUGUUCACCUGAAGGGGGCCCUGAAAGAGCCGAUACAUUUACCCAAAACGCCCGCACGACAACGCAGCAUCAGUAAGAGGGAGACCACGGAAGAUGCGGACAGUCAGGGUGAUGCUAGCAGCCAGCCCGACACCAUCUCCAUCGCCUCUCGUACCUCUCAGAAUACAGUGGACAGUGACAAGUUGUCAGGGGGUUGUGAGCAGACAGUGGUUCUGCAGGACUUUGUGGCCGGGGGCUCGGGGGAGCUGAGUGUCCAGUCGGGUCAGACGGUGGAGCUUUUAGAGCGGAGCGGGGAGAGGCCCGGCUGGUGUCUGGUCCGGACCACAGAACGCUCGCCUCCGCAGGAGGGACUGGUUCCCAGCAGCACUCUCUCUGUGUCCCAUUCUCGCAGCAGCGUGGAUAUGGACUGCUUCUUUCCUACGGGGAAAGAGAACUACCCGGUGGGAGCGUCGGAGGUCAAGUCGGAGUCGGUGGCUUCGCUGCAGCCGCAGGCGUCGGUCAGCUCGCUGCAGACGGGUUCCCCGGGGCCCAAGCGUUCCGGUACCACUGGGAACACUUUGAAAAAGUGGCUCACUAGCCCCGUGCGUCGACUCAGCCACGGCAAAGGAGACAACGCCAACGCCAAGAAACCCAACAGCAAACCACGUAAACGGGACGGUCGAAAGAGCGUGGACCUGGGCCCCCAACACGAGGACAGCACAGAGGAGAGGGGAAGAAAAGGAGUGAACAGCGGAGGAGAAGAAGAAGCUGAAGACGAACCGCACACCCCUCUUCCUCCUCCGAUGGAGAUAAUAAAAGACCCCUCCGCUCAGGAGGAGAAGACUCCUGAACCUGCUGGCUCCUUUCCAGCGUUUGGCAGUGUGAACUCAGGAGAUCAGACGCCCAGAGACCCUGAGACAGAGAAGAAGAACAAAGCUAUGAGGGGACGCAUGUUUGUACUUAAUGAGAUGGUGCAGACAGAAAAGGACUAUGUGAAAGACCUGGGCAUCGUGGUGGAGGGCUUUAUGAGGAGGGCGGCGGAGAAAGGGGUGCCGGAGGACAUGACGGGGAAGGACAAGAUCGUUUUCGGGAACAUUCAUCAGAUCUACGACUGGCACAAAGAUUUUUUCAUGGGGGAACUGGAGAAAUGCCUGCAGGAUCAUGAAAAACUGGCCGAACUUUUUAUUAAACAUGAGAGGAGACUACAUAUGUAUGUGAUCUACUGUCAGAAUAAGCCACGCUCAGAGUUUGUGGUGGCUGAAUAUGACUCAUACUUUGAGGAAGUACAAAAGGAGAUCAACUGUAGAAUGUGCAUUAGUGAUUACCUGAUUAAACCAAUACAGAGGAUCACCAAAUAUCAACUUCUACUCAAGGACUUUUUGAAAUAUAGCUCCAAAGCGGGGCUGGACUGUCAGGAGAUUGAGAAAGCUGUAGAACUGAUGUGCCUGGUUCCUAAACGCUGUAACGAUAUGAUGAACUUGGGACGACUACAGGGCUAUGAGGGUAAGCUGACCGCCCAGGGGAAGCUGUUACAGCAGGACACGUUUUUCGUGACAGAGCAAGAUUCCGGCGUGCUCUCCCGCAGCAAAGAGCGUCGGGUCUUCCUCUUCGAGCAGAUCGUCAUCUUCAGUGAGCUCCUACGGAAAGGUUCCUCCACACCUGGUUACCAGUUUAAAAAGAGCAUCAAGAUGAACUAUCUGAGUAUGGAGGAGCACGUUGACGGUGACCCGUGUAAGUUUGUGCUGAUGUGCCGAAGCUCCUCUGAGCGACUGACGCUCCAGGCUGCUAACAUCGACAUCAAACAGGACUGGAUCCAGAGCAUCCGCAGUGUCCUGGACAUACAGAGCAAAUUUCUCUCUGAUCUCCAGAACCCCUUGAAAAGUGGAGGUUCCCUAAGCAGGCCGCUGUCCAAUAGCAGUAGACCUCCUACACACCCCUCCACUCCCCUCAAACCAUCUACCUCUAAUGGCAGCCCUGCCCACAAAUCCAACAAACACACACCGAAAGAAGAGGAUCAGGAAGAAGCUGAUUGUAAUGGAAUGUCAUCGGUCUUGGUGACACAGGAGUACAAUGCCGUGAAAGAAGAUGAAAUCUGUGUUUAUGUCGGCGAAAGGGUCCAAAUCUUGGCCUCAAACCAGCAAAACAUGUGCCUGGUGUAUCGGCCUGCCAACAGCCAAUCACCUGCAGCGGAGGGCUGGGUGCCGGGUCAUGUGCUAGCCUCUACCCGAUGA